AUGUGGCUGGACACGGUGGCCGUCAACUUGACCGCUCCUUUCAUUCUGACCCGAGCCUUCUUUCCACUCAUGAAGAAGAAACGUUGGGGACGCAUCAUUAACAUUGCCUCACAAAUGGGUUUGAUUAGUGACCCAGGGAACCUGGUCUACUGCUCUACCAAAGCUGGCCUGUUGGGAUUUUCUCGG